UUUUUUUUUUUUUUUCAAAUACCUUCUUAGGUAGUAGGGUAGGUACCUAUGUUCACCAUAGUGUGAGAUUAUUUUAUAGUAAAUGUUAAAGACUCGAGGCUAAUUUUUGUUUUUUUUGUAUUUUUUAAAGGCAGGAGUAACAAUUUUACGGCAAACUGUGCAGUUUUUGAAGCAAAACUAAGAAUUUUUUUUAGAUUGAAUCAAGUCAACUGUGGUGAUGUGUUUAAAAAAAGUUUUUAUAUAAACAAAUCUACUAAUCAAAUUAAUCAAAUAAAAUAUGCUACCAACAACCUGCAGUAGAACCAGAUAUGAUUUUAUUCCGCGUUUUACGUUUUAUUUUGUCAAAAUCUAUGGCCUACAUUACCCACAGUGCAACACUAACGCUCGGGCACUGCCUUCGUGGAUUCGGAGCAGCCGGGUGUUUUCGGGAGUGUAUGCUAAUAACGGUGAAAUACAAAUUAGCUUGGGGUGACUGUGGUGAUUUCUACUAAGUAACGUUUUUUUUAUUAAUAAAUAAAUUGACGAAUUCGAUAGUUUAUCAAUAAUUUAGUCUCUAGAGUGAAAAAACAUAUUGCUUUAUCGACAUAUUGCCGAUAAAGGUCAAAGGCAGAACCGGACGAACGUAGGCUUUUUUUCUGUUUUAUUUCUGUUAUUAAAUAAUAUAUAUUUAAUUUGAUAUAUCCCUCACUUCAACCACUAGAUGUCGCCAAAGUUUCACAAAUGCCUGCCAUGUGUGACCGUCUGUUGCUAAUUAUAACUUAAUCUCAUUAUAAAAUAACAUCAUUAAUUAGUUAAAAGCUUAUAAGUAAAUAUUAACUGAGGCAGUGUGUUUGCAUUGAGUGAAGCAGAAUAUAGAAAUGUGUUACAGCAUGAAAAAAUUAAAUGUCAUAUGUUUACGGUUAGGUGUGUUGGACAUUAGCCCACAUUUUAGACUGACAGGUGCACCAUCUACCUGUAAUCAGUGCCGGGAGAGGAACAGAGGGAGGGGUACGUGUGUAAAUGUGUCGGAGGGAGGGGGGGAGUUAUGUAGUCUCCCAUUGGGUGAACGUCCAGACAGGCGUACUAGACAGAUUACUACCGCUGCCGAAUACAGAAAGCAGUCUGAGGGCGCAGCAGCAGCAGCUUGGCCCUACCUGUCCUCCAUUUGUGGUUUAAGGUGGAGGUAGAGGUGAAGGCGGCUGGUAUUGUGGUCUUUUCGUGUGCUUUUCUUUGCUCCAAUGGAGGCGGCCGUGCUGAACCCCGCGAUCAUGACGGAGGUGGACUGCAACAGCAACACCCUGAACGCCGAGCUGGAGGUGAAGAAGCUGCAGGAGCUGGUGCGCAAACUGGAGCGGCAGAACGAGCAGCUGCGCACCCGAGCCGGCGCCGGCGGAUACUGCCUCCCCAGCCCGCUGCCCACCCUGCUGUGCCACUCGUCCUUGGGCUCGUUCUCUGCCCCCGAGGAGCCUUUCGACUAUUUCCACCCGCACAGCGGCAGGGAUGGAGCGGCUGCUGCUGCGAGGGAGGAGGACGACGAGGAGGAGGAGGAUGCAUCCGAGCCGUCGGUUCUGGACGAGCUGGAGCUUCUGGAUUUGAAUUCCCUGAGCUGCUCAGAGGAGUCUGAUGAAACCUGGUUAUAUGUGUCAUCAAAGGACCACAGGUCGGAGACCACGAGCGACGCCCUCACACCGCUGCAGUGGUGCCGGCAGGCUCUGGACAGCCCCAAAUCGGAGGUGGAGGCCGCCAGAAGGUCGCUGUCCCUCCGGCUAGAGCAAGUCUCCAGGUGGCGUAGCUCCCUGUCCAGCCCCUCUCCUUCCUCCUCUCCCGGUCCUCCUCUGAGUCGAGUUGCUGGAGUGUCUCCCAUCAGUGCUUCCCCUCCAACCAAGCCCUGCUCCACUCCUCAGCCGUCUGAAAGACACGUUCCUUCCCUCUCCUCCCCGCUCCACCCUCUCCUCCAUCGGACUCUCAGUCCCAUUGGGAAGGAGUUCUCCCCCGUAGCUGAGAGGACUCCCACCUUCCUUCCUCACCCGCUCACCCGAAGUCGCAGCCUGCGGCGCUCCACCCUCAGCCCGCAGUCGUCCAUGGACAGCGACCUGGGAGCAUCUGAGGCAGAGGAUGACUCCAUUGCUCUGGGAUACAAGCUGCAGGACCUCACUGAUGUCCAGGUUAUGGCCCGGCUGCAGGAGGAGAGUCUAAGGCAGGACCUCGCCAGCACCUCAUCCGUCCUGGCCAACCGCCGCAGCCAGAGCUUGACCUUCCAGCUCAGCCAGCUCAGCGCCGGUCCCGACCUGGAGGAGGAAGACGAGGAGGACGACGAAGACUACGGUCUCCUGCCGCCACCACAGCCACGCCUCACCCGCCUGCCCCACUCCCACACUUUCUCCAGCAUCCGAGACUGGCGAAGAAGCACCAGUUCCCUGUGCACCCCUCCUUCCACCCCCUCCACCCCCCCGUACCCUUCCGCUGGGUUCGCCGUUCAACCUGUGCUCCAAGCCCAGUCUCAGGGUCUUGGGCUGGGGCUGGGGCUGGGAGUGGGCAGCACCUGCGCAGCCGAGCAACAGUGCUUCAGACCAGGUUCAGCCGAAUAUGAGAAUAAGCUGCGGAGGAGCAUGCCUAACCUCGUCAGAGCUCCCAGCAUGCCCAGUGUGCCCAUACCAGCCAAUCCCAGUGCUUCCCCUUCUUUGCUUCGUAACAGCCAGAGCUUUGAUUCGUCCAGCGGACUGGCUCGACUGCAGUCCUCCAUCCCCUCUCCAGGCCAACUCCAAAACAGAGUCCAGAGUGUCGGGAACUUCACCUCAUUGUCACGGCCACCUCUGAAGGCCACUGCCUACGUCAGUCCCACUAUCAAGGGCUCCGCCUCCAUGCCCACCUCCAUCAGUCUCCAGUCUCUUAAUCUGAACAGCAGUGGGGGGGGUGGGGCCAACAGCGGGAUCCCUUUGCUUAGUAAACCUGCAGGGACACCCACCACCUCAAACACUGCACGCAGCAGCCUGCCCCGCCCUGCCUCCUUUGUUGGUACCACAAGCUCCACCCCCCGCAGCAAGGUGGCCCAACCAGCACGAAGUUUACUGACUCCUCCAAAGAGCUUGUCCACCUUCAGUGCCCUCCGCGACAGCACCUGGCGAGACGGCUGCUACUGAUGGACGUGGCGUUUGCGGCGGCGCAGUAGUGGCAGCAACACCCCGCUGGUUGGGGCGACUCGCUGCACUUCAGCAUCAAGGGUUGUUUUUUUUUUUUUUUGUUUUGUUUUUGCCCGUGGAGAUGCUGAAAGGUUUCUGACCAAAAAAAGUGACUGUUGAUGACCUUAAAUCUGAGAUCCUGCAUAGAAAGGUCGGCCGAGGGUCUUUGUGAACCGAUCUCUCAGAGUCUAUGCAGAAUUUCUUCGGGGAAGUCGGGUUUUCUUAAUCUGCGUUUGCACGUCAGCCCUUGAAUUCACUGACUGCUUCACAAUCGACGAGUGUGGUCUGUGCCAAGGGGGCGCUGUUCCCUGCUGCUCUUGUGCAAUAAACCGCUGGCUGAUGGGUACCAGUAAUACUAACCCGCUGAAGAGGGCUGCCAGUUUGUUUGGGUUUUUUUUAAUGAGCCUCGUGAUGCUGUGUGUGUUUGUUUAUAUCACAUUUAUUUUGAAUAAAUAAAUAAUUUUGACUAAUCAGGAGAUUUUUCCCUGUGGCAACGAGCGCCCACAAUGCUGCUAAAGUUUAAUCAGUCCCUGUGCAUUUGGGUACAAUUACUCCAGUUUUUACAAUAAACGUAAUAAAUGACGUAUUCGUGUACAAAUCUAACUAUUAAGUGUGCAUACAUAUAUAUUAAUUGAUCCGAUAUUUGAUUUUAAACAUGACGCUUGACCAAAAUAUCUGAAUGUUUACACAAGUUUUGUGCAUAUUAACACUUUAAAACUGUCUGACCGAUAAGAGGAAACGGUUCUUGUUGCACUUUUGUAUAAAAUCUCUCAACUUUGUUUCUUUUUUGUUCUGUUUACUAACACUUGCACUUCUUUUUUUAAUAUAUCUGUAUUUGAUUUUAUGGAUUUAAAGUGAGUAAACGGCUGUUAGUAAAACGUUCUGGGGAUGUUUCACAGUUAACACGCAGCCUAAUGUAGCACCGUCUGUUUGUAAUAUUUGACCACGGCACAUUUCACAAAACCCUGACACUUUUGUUACUGUGAUAGACCGAAUGAGUGAGCAUUUUAAUAAAAUAUUCUAAAUUAAA